GGCUCUUUCUUGGAGACAUUAUCCUCGAAUGGCAACAUAGACCAAACAACAUGUAUAUUUCUCCAAUUAACGUCAAUUAAUGAAGAAUCAUUGAAAAACUUGGAAUCUUAACAGGAUAUUAGGAUCCUUUUUCUUUUAAGUAAAAAGAUUUCUGCCAAAAUCUUUCAUCUUUCAUUAGGAAGACGUUUGGAGAUUGUUUUGUUAACGGGACUGCUUUUUAGAGGUGAGCACAAGAGGGAAUGAGAGAGGAAGUGGUGAUACAGUGGAUAUUUUUGUCCAUUCUACAUCUACAGGAAGCCGGGCUUCAUUUUCUUCCUCUUCUUUCUAGUCAGCCCUUUUGUGGAACCCCUGGAUUCUUCCCUGCACUUCAUUCAGUGUCUUUAACUCAUUUUCUCUGUGUUGUAAAGUCUCGCUGAUGGACAGUGAUGGAUUGUCUGGGCUCUGGCCUCAGGAAAGCUCUUCUCCACCACACUGCCUCCGGUAGGUGAUCCAACGGUUCUCACUUUAAUGAGCUUCAACAUGCCAGAAAUGAGACGUUUCACCGUGACUCUGGGAAAGAAAGUAGCGGUUGCUUGUCAGAGAUUGGAGAGGAGGCUGUUGAAGGAACUCUGAUUCUAACCCAGUUGAGAUCGAAAAAUGUAUCUAUUGAUGCGUAGGAAAGCUUCAUUCAUGUAAUCACCAAACAACAUACAGGAUCAUGGGGAAUGGAUUAAGAAAAAUUAAGCGUCGUCGGAAGUAUUGUUUUUGGCCAGCUAAAGAUAAAGCCAGUAAUCCCAGCUGUUUUGCCUCCAAACAAUGUGAUGAAGAGGAAGCUUGUGUUGGGGUGAAGAUCGCUCAGAACAAAGCCGUUGCUAGCCAUAUUCCUAAUGAGCAAGAUCAUCGCACUGAGAAGUUGAGUCAUGGUUGUAGAUUCAUCAAAAAGAGCGUUACUGGAGUAAAUGGAAGAGUUACAGGCCGACGGAUUCCACCCCAUCUCAAACCACAAGUGCCUCCUAAGCCAGCACACCUUCAGAGUACGGUGACGGAAGUCUCCUUUCCUCUGGCUGCUGGAACGUCACCCAUCGAUCCCAGCAUGGAGGGGGGAGGAGUAGGAGGAGCAAAAGGGAGGGGCCUAGUGUCUGACCUCAUCAGUCGCUUUGAGGAAAACAGACACACAGACAGUCGGAGGGAGGGCGCUCCUCUGAAGCAGGUCAGCAGAUCUCCCAACUGCAGCCCGGCUCGCAAAAACUACCAGAGACAGACGGAGAAGCCCACAGACUCCAGCUCUGCUGCGAACAGCCCAGAUCAUGCUCUCACACCCCCCAAUGGGGUUCUAAACCAAAAUAACAAAGAACAGGACUUGAAUCAGGACAUGGAUGAAAUUACACAUGACACAGCUCCGGUUGAGAGGACAGACAGCCAGGAACUGGUGAAUGGAGAUGACAGCGAUGGGGCUAAGAAGGAAAUUAUGGAAGAGGACUGUGUAGACCCGCCUCACGCUCACACGGAACAGGCCGAGGAGGAGAGGAAAGAGCCAGAGCAGCAUGACGUUGUGAUGAACAGCAUCCCAGAGCAGAAGGAAACCAAUGAGCAGAAACUGUACAAGAUAGUGAAUGAACUUCUGCAGACAGAGAAGGCUUAUGUUGCACGACUCAACUUGCUAGAUAAGGUGUUUUAUGCCAAGCUGAUAGAAGAAGCCAGAAAAGACACGUUCCCCGUGGAUGUGGUGAAAAACAUAUUUUCCAACAUCUCUUCCAUUCAUACCUUCCACAGCCAAUUCCUUUUGCCUGACCUGGAAAAACGCAUGGGGGAAUGGACGGAAACACCUCGCAUUGGGGACAUCCUACAGAAACUCACUCCCUUUCUGAAGAUGUACGCUGAAUAUGUGAAGAACUUUGAUCAUGCCAUGGAUCUCCUGAAGCAGUGGACAGAUCGAUCACCUCCGUUUAAAGCCAUCAUUCUGGAAAUCCAGCGUCAGGAAGUAUGUGGCAGUCUGUCGCUGCAGCACCACAUGUUGGAGCCCGUUCAGAGAGUGCCACGGUACGAGAUGCUGCUCAAAGACUAUCUGAAGAAACUUCCUCAGGACCACAUAGACCAGCGGGAUGCCGAAAAGUCUUUAGAGAUCAUUGCCACGGCUGCCACUCAUUCCAACACCGCCAUUAGGAAAACAGAAAACCUUAAGAAAUUGCUGGAGAUUUAUGAGAUGCUGGGAGAGGAAGAGGACAUAGUGAACGCCUCAAAUGAGUUAAUAAAGGAGGGUCAUAUUCUAAAACUGGCAGCCAGAAACACUUCAGCCAUGGACAGAUAUCUCUUCCUGUUCAACAACAUGCUGCUGUACUGCGUUCCCAAGUUCAGCUUGGUGGGACAGAAGUUUACGGUCCGCACACGUAUCGGGAUCGAAGGCAUGAAGGUGAUGGAGACCUACAAUGAGGAUUAUCCUCACACCUUUCAGGUUUCCGGAAAGGAACGGACACUGGAGCUGCAGGCCAGCUCUGAACAGGAUAAAGAAAGCUGGAUAAAGGCAUUCCAGGAAACAAUAGACAUCUCCCUCCAGAAAAAUGAGACCUUUAAGUCAGCAUUCAAAGAUGUGGAGGAAGUACCGGAUCUUAAGAUAUCAGAGCUGGGUAAAAGAGCCCCUCGCUGGAUCCGGGACAAUGAAGUGACCAUGUGCAUGAAGUGCAAAGAGGCCUUUAACGCCAUCACACGCAGGAGACAUCACUGUCGGGCCUGCGGAUACGUGGUCUGCUGGAAGUGUUCAGACUACAAAGCCACUCUGGAAUAUGACGCGAAUAAGAUGAGCAAGGUGUGCAAAGACUGUUUCUGCAUCCUGACCGGCCAUAGAGACAGCGAGGAGAGGGAGGGCAAGAAGAAGGGCAUUCUAGAGAUUGAAGCUGCUCAGUUCUCGGGCAACAGUAUCAUGUGUGGCUUCCUGCAGUACUGCGAGAAGAACAAGCCCUGGCAGAGAGUCUGGUGUAUCAUUCCUCAAAAAGAAGCUCUAGUUCUCUACUUGUACAGAGCACCUCAGGAUGUCAAGGCCCAGUCCUCGAUUCCUCUGCUCGGCUACCAGGUGGAGGACAGCCCAAGACCCACCGACCCUCCCGCCAGCUUCAGAAUCUCUCAGUCGAAAUCAGUCCACAGCUUUGCAGCAGAGAGCGAGGAACUGAAACAACGCUGGCUCAAAGUGAUCCGAAUGGCAGUGACAGGAGAGGUACCGAAAUCACCUGAAGAACACCAUUCUACGGAAAUCCCCCAAGAGCCGAGCUCUAAUGGCGUCUGAGCAAAGAGAGCGAACUCUUGUUGAAGAUUUUAGUACUGACGUGGCAAUGCUGUCGGUAAGAAGAGUGUUUACGCUCCCGCUUGCUGCGCCAUCACUGCUGGUCCAGUUGUUCUAAAGAUCCAUUUGGAUUCGAACACAUCCAGAAAGCAUAUGGAUAUCAGCUUCAUCCUCACCUGAGAGAUCUGAAGUUCACGAAGGAUGCAAACGGAGCACAUGUGAACACAUGGAGAAACAGACAUGCUAUUCCAUCAUCACACUAUACUACAGCUGACGCAGCACUGUUUUUAGCCUAAUGUAAAAAUUGUACAAUUCAGAACAUUAACAUGUUGUAUGUAUAGUAUAUUGAGGCAAAAAUCCAGAUGUGUCGACACCAUUGUAAAAAAAAAAAGAAAAGAAAAAAAAAUGCAGGACAUUCGCGUUUUUCAAAAGACAAGAUUGCAAUUUACUGCAAAUAUAAAUAGCAUUCAGAUGCAAAAUGCUCUGCAUGCAAUAGAAGCUCCAUCAUUAUGGCAAGCAGACAUGGUGUGUUGUCAAUAUUGUAAAUCCUUGGUUGUGUUGCAGCGGUAUACCGGUAUAUCAUAGUAUUAAAAUCGUUUAUUGCUUAAAUGCAACUGGACUGAGAAUCUCAACUGCACAUGCGUGAAAGAGAUGCGAGGCUGAAUAGAGCUUCACCAAACUUGUAGCACAAUGACCUUUCUGAUAAGAAACAAAGUCUUAAUUCUGUCAAUUUUAUCAUGAAAUCCAAAUUAGAAAUGCUGUUUUUGGCGCUCUUUUAAUCAUUGUGUCCGCCUAUGUAGUAAGCUGUAGUAGUGGAGCACGCGUUAAACCAGAUAGCACACGUACGUCUGCAAGAUGUCUGUUAAAGAUCGCUUCAUCUGGAAAGCAUUUGCUGUGAACAAACAUCUUAUAGACGUAUUUCAGAUGAGCAAACACUCUAAAAAUACAUCUUCCGGAUGCAGCACUAAAUGCAGACAUCAAAAUAGACAUCUCUGUGAUGUACAUCAUCUUCAUCUUUACUUCUAUGAAUUAAACGUGAAUGAACAUCAGAAGGUAUGGUGAAAGAUUUAGAAGACCUACUUGAAAUGUAUUACCCCUCAUUUAAUCGCCCAAACAGUGUUCUGACCACGAAAAGAAGUCACAUUUACCUCAGGAAAUUUUGAUCGAUAGCUAGAAGAAAGGAGCUUAACCUGUUAGUAAUAAUUUAUGUCUGUUUUUUAUUAAAACUACCUUAUGUGCAAUUUGAAUGUUUGUAUAAAAGUUUGUUUCCUAUUCAUUUAGUCUCUGUCCUUAAUUUUCAUUUCAACUUUAUUUCGCCAUGUAUACAGAUACUAGGAAUUUGAUUUGGUCUUCUCCAUGCAGGCAACACAGUAACUCUUUAAAAGGAAUGUUUCAAAUGAGAGGGUUUCCAUGUUUAGUUUAUGUGCAGCUAAAAUAUAUUCAAAUAUUGUAUACCGAGAUGCCAAAAUACACUUUCUGGUUUGCAGUACCUCAGCACAUCUGACAUCAAGCUUUUGACAGAUCUAAACGUCUGCUGUACCUCGGCUCAGUUUCUGAAUCGGAACAACAGCAGUCGACACCAUGUGAAUAAUGUUUCGCUCGGUUAUAAGCCGUUUCACUUUUCCUCAUUUAAAAGCACAUUCAAAUCAAACAUGAACAAAAUUGUGGCUUUGGUGUCAGUCAACCCCCAGACUUCGAUAUCAGCUCUCUAAUCAUGGUAAUAGAUUCGGGAUUUAGUGGAAGAACUGGUUGUGAAUUUUCUAUAACGGACCUUUAUUUGUCUAAUGGAGGUGGUUUUAUCUACUGUGGGCAGCACAAUCACACUCAGAAGGCCCGCUGGAGCAGGGAUAUGUAUAUGUUCUUUAAAUAUUGUAAUUAUAACUUUAGUAUUUAAAAAUAAUUUAUAGCAGAAAUGCAUGAUUUUACAUAGCACACAAUUCGAUUUUCAGUCUCUGUGUAGAUCGGACCAUUUAUUCAUCCCUUUGUAUUUAAGAAAUUUGCAUGUUCAUUUAUUUCUUUCAGACUUAAAGUACAUCUGCAUAAUCUUAACAUUACUGGGAAUUAAUUUUUUCACUUUCAACACACCAACAUUGUGCGUUACAGGCCUUCUUUCACACUCGAUCUCAAUCUGAAUCUGAAUUCAUUUAAAAAGAAAAUAAACCACUUGUUUGAUGUUUCUGGGAAACUCUGCCAUGUGGUAACAAUGAACAAUUUUAAAGCUACUUGACCUGGACACAUAUCACAGCUAAGAAUUGUAGUCAUAUUAUUGUCCUUGUCAAGCAGUUGUUGAUUCCACAGUACAUUUUUUUUGAAUGGGACGUGCCUAUGACAUUUAUAAAUGUAGUUCCACAUUUUUACAGCAACUAGGUUGGUAUAUUGAACGUGAGUUUCUGUAUUAAAACAUGGAUGUGUGUUCAUUGUUGCCAUUCGAAAGAAUCCUUACCAUGCAAUCUGAAUGUAAUAUGCUGGUUUUCUCUGUCCCAGAAUCUCUUCCACGGUAAAUCUACAUCAGCUCUCAAAACUGAGACAGAACCUGUUUUAUACAUACAAAUGAAACUGAAGAUGACGCACUUUACUGCCUUCUAUAAAGUGUACCUUGUAAAAUAAAACGAGAUUAUCUUGCAA